AUGGCGGCUAUGGUGAAUGGUCAGAACACUUUGCAAACCUUGCUAAUACAAAAUCAACAAGGCCAACUCAACCAAGCUCUUCAACCUCCAUGGCAGCAAGCUCAUGCUUAUAUUCCACAACCUCAGGCUCAAUUUCCAAUUGGUGGACAACCAUUUCAAGCUCAACAACAGUUUGGCAUGGCCAACAAUUAUGUGCAACAGCCGAUAAAUAACAACAACGGUUUAGGAGGACAAAACCCACCGAGGAAUGGGUUGAUAGUCGAAGAAAUUAGGAGAAUUUGUGAAGAAACUGUAGGGCCAGCUCCUAGAAGAACGGCCAGGCCAAGAUACACCAAACCGUAUCCGAAAAGGGUUGAAAACAGAGAUUAUCUGAGGGGAUUCAAAUUUCCUGACUUUCCUCUCUUCAGUGGAGAUGAUUACCAAUCAACUAUAGCACAUAUUUCUCGGUUGACAGCACGGUGUGCCGAACACUCUAGAGAUGAUGACUUGAAGCUGAAGUGGUUUGAAAACUCAUUGACCGGCCCUGCACAUGUGUGGAAUGUUAACUUGGCACCUAAUUCUAUUCAAAACUGGGCCGACAUGGAAAAAGCCUUCCAUGAGCAAUUCUAUCGAGCUGAACCAGAAGUCACAGUUGCCGAUUUGGCAAAAAUGUAUCAGGAAGCACAUGAAUCAGCCUAA